AUGCUCGAAGCAGGUCGACGCACUGAGACGGACCAGACUAGCCCACUAGGGUCGCUGCAAGCCUGCAAGAGCACGUACUCUCCAUGGAUCGAUGCAGGAGCCGGAGCAUCAACACCAGCCCGGAGGCAACAUCUCACCUCACGGACAUCCCACGCCGAGGAAACGCUCAAAAACACCCUCGGGAAAUAA